CGGCCCCGCCCCUCGCGGCGCCUCCCUGGCGGCCGGCAGGGAGCCGGAGUCUGCGCGGGCGCCGAUUUGGGCACGAACUGUCAGGGCAGGAAGCCGUGGUGACCAGGCUCGAGGACCGGUGCUUAGAAAUGAGGGUGCCCAGUGGAGAUGCAUACCAUGUGGGCCUGCUGACCCGUCCAUGAGGCGGGCCCCCUGGCUGGGCCUGCGACCCUGGCUGGGCAUGCGCCUGUCGGUGCGUAAGGUGCUGCUGGCCGCCGGCUGUGCUCUGGCCCUGGUGCUCGCUGUGCAGCUUGGGCAGCAAGUACUGGAGUGCCGGGCGGUGCUCGGGGGCGCCCGGAGCUCACGGAGGAUGCGGCCUGAGCAGGAAGAACUGGUGAUGCUCGGCGCUGACCACAUAGAGUACCGCUACGGCAAGGCCAUGCCACUCAUCUUCGUGGGCGGAGUGCCACGCAGCGGCACCACCCUCAUGCGCGCCAUGUUGGACGCGCACCCUGAGGUGCGCUGCGGGGAGGAGACGCGCAUCAUCCCUCGCGUGCUGGCCAUGCGGCAGGCCUGGACCAAGUCCGGCCGUGAGAAGCUGCGGCUGGACGAGGCAGGUGUGACCGAUGAGGUGCUGGACGCGGCCAUGCAGGCCUUCAUCCUGGAGGUGAUCGCCAAGCACGGGGAGCCGGCGCGCGUGCUGUGUAAUAAGGACCCCUUCACACUCAAGUCGUCCGUCUACCUGGCCCGCCUGUUCCCCAACUCCAAAUUCCUGCUAAUGGUGCGUGAUGGCCGGGCGUCCGUGCACUCCAUGAUCACGCGCAAGGUCACUAUCGCUGGCUUUGACCUCAGCAGCUACCGAGACUGCCUCACCAAGUGGAACAAGGCCAUCGAGGUGAUGUACGCACAGUGCAUGGAGGUGGGCAGGGACAAGUGCCUGCCCGUGUACUAUGAGCAGUUGGUGCUGCACCCCCGGCGCUCACUCAAACGCAUCCUGGACUUCCUGGGCAUCGCCUGGAGUGACACAGUCCUACACCACGAGGACCUCAUUGGCAAGCCUGGGGGCGUCUCCUUGUCCAAGAUCGAGCGGUCCACGGACCAGGUCAUCAAACCUGUGAACUUGGAAGCUCUCUCCAAGUGGACUGGCCACAUCCCUAGAGACGUGGUGAGGGAUAUGGCUCAGAUUGCCCCCAUGCUGGCACGGCUUGGCUAUGACCCAUAUGCAAAUCCGCCCAACUAUGGGAACCCUGACCCCAUUGUCAUCAACAACACACACCGGGUCUUGAAAGGAGACUAUAAAACGCCAGCCAAUCUGAAAGGAUAUUUUCAGGUGAACCAGAACAGCACCGCCCCACACCUAGGAAGUUCGUGAUUUCCAGUCUCUGCAGGGCUCAGACGUGUGAGUCCUCGACCUGCACAUGGAAGCUGGACUAACUCAAGCACAUGGCUUGCUCUCAGUCAUGCCGGGGCCUGCCGGGAUGGAGCGUUCAUACAUCCCUGCCUAAGCGGGCUUGGAACCUCUGCUCCAGGGCAACACCAAGGGAGAGACUACUUCGGCUUCAGAAACUUGGGGAUUUUCUAUUUUUUUCUCCUCGGGAACUUUUUUUUUAAAAGAAUUGAAUUUGCUAUCUUCCCUAAUGGACAGGCUCCUUGGUGACCUCAUCUCCUGGGGACAAGACCUGUGACCCGUGCCUCUCCUUGACUGGACGCUAAACUCAAAGGAUCUAUUUAAGAGUUUAAUAUAUGGGCUCUCCUUGCUCUAGUCCUACUCAGUUUCACAGAGAAAAGAAAUUAAUUAUUUGAAUAAAGUAGACAGGCUGCUGUCUGUGCCUUACUUCACACGA